AUAUAAAUAUCUACCUGUAAAGACGAUCAAUCAUUUUUCACAACACAAACACUUGUUGAGUUCUUCUUUGUUCUUCUUCUGGGAAAGAGAAGAGAAGGAUUUGCUGUAUGUCAGUGGAAUACUACAGUACAGUUUUGUACGGUGAGCUUGCUAACCCUUCACAAUGGCCACAGCUCAGGAAAAAACGACGCCUGACCCAUCUCAGGAUCCAACCCGAAACACUGAUUCUUUCCCUCCAAAAACUACUCCUACUACCAAAGGUAUCCCGGUCAUGAUGAGAGCUCAAACCUGCCAUCCUUUAGAUCCACUAUCUGCUGCUGAAAUAUCGGUAGCUGUAGCAACUGUUCGGGCAGCCGGGGCGACCCCUGAGGUGAGGGAUAGCAUGCGCUUUGUCGAAGUAGUCUUGGUGGAACCAGUUAAGCAAGUUGUUGCUUUAGCAGAUGCAUAUUUCUUCCCUCCUUUCCAGCCAUCGUUGCUCCCGAGGACCAAAGGAGGAGGACCUUUGAUUCCUACUAAACUUCCCACUAGGAAAGCACGACUAGUUGUUUACAAUAAAAAGUCAAAUGAGACAAGCGUAUGGAUUGUCGAACUUCGAGAAGUUCAUGCAGCAACUCGAGGUGGCCCCCACAGGGGCAAAGUCAUUUCUUCUCAAGUUGUGCCAAAUGUUCAGCCACCGAUGGAUGCCAUGGAGUAUGCCGAAUGUGAAGCUGUUGUGAAGGACUUCCCUCCAUUUCGAGAAGCUAUGAAGAGGAGAGGGAUUGAGGAUAUGGAUCUUGUAAUGGUAGAUGCCUGGUGUGUUGGAUAUCACAGUGAAGCUGAUGCUCCAAACCGCAGGCUUGCUAAACCACUAAUAUUUUGUAGAAGUGAAAGCGACUGCCCUAUGGAAAAUGGCUAUGCUCGUCCUGUUGAAGGAAUCUAUGUACUUGUUGACAUGCAAAAUAUGGUUGUUCUCGAGUUUGAAGACCGUAAACUAAUCCCUCUUCCACCUACUGAUCCACUUAGAAAUUAUACUUCCGGUGAAACACGGGGAGGAGUUGAUAGAAGUGAUGUGAAACCCUUACAGAUUAUUCAGCCUGAAGGUCCAAGUUUUCGUGUCAAUGGUCACUUCAUUCAAUGGCAGAAGUGGAACUUUCGUAUCGGUUUCACUCCUAGAGAAGGUUUAGUUAUUUAUUCAGUAGCAUAUAUUGAUGGAAGUCGAGGCCGAAGGCCAGUGGCACACAGAUUGAGUUUCGUUGAGAUGGUGGUCCCGUACGGAGAUCCAAAUGAUCCUCACUAUAGGAAGAAUGCAUUUGAUGCAGGAGAAGAUGGCCUUGGUAAAAAUGCUCAUUCUCUCAAAAAGGGUUGUGAUUGUUUAGGCUAUAUCAAGUACUUUGAUGCUCACUUCACAAACUUUACUGGAGGUGUUGAAACAAUAGAGAAUUGUGUUUGCUUGCAUGAAGAGGAUCAUGGUAUUUUGUGGAAGCAUCAAGAUUGGAGAACUGGUUUGGCUGAAGUUCGAAGGUCUAGAAGGUUGACAGUGUCUUUUAUAUGCACCGUAGCUAACUACGAAUAUGGAUUUUUCUGGCACUUUUAUCAGGAUGGGAAAAUAGAAGCCGAGGUCAAGCUUACAGGAAUUCUCAGCUUAGGAGCAUUGCAGCCAGGUGAAACUCGAAAAUAUGGCACGACUAUUGCACCUGGAUUAUACGCGCCAGUCCACCAACACUUUUUUGUUGCUCGUAUGGACAUGGCUGUUGAUUGCAAGCCCGGUGAAGCAUUUAAUCAGGUUGUUGAGGUGGAUGUCAAAGUUGAAGAUCCGGGAAAAAACAAUGUUCACAACAAUGCAUUCUAUGCCGAGGAAAGACUGCUUAAAUCAGAAUUGGAGGCAAUGCGCGAUUGCAACCCUUUAUCUGCUCGACAUUGGAUUGUUAGAAACACACGGACAGUAAACCGAACUGGGCAGCUAACAGGUUACAGGCUAGUACCUGGUUCAAAUUGUUUACCUUUAGCUGGUUCAGAAGCCAAGUUUCUGCGAAGAGCAGCUUUCUUGAAGCACAAUCUUUGGGUCACUCCUUAUGUUCACAAUGAAAUGCAUCCUGGAGGAGAGUUUCCUAAUCAAAAUCCGCGAGUUGGAGAUGGGUUGGCUACUUGGGUUAAGCAAAAUAGAUCACUGGAAGAAGCUGAUAUAGUUCUUUGGUAUGUAUUUGGAGUGACACACAUUCCACGAUUGGAAGACUGGCCUGUUAUGCCGGUGGAACGCAUAGGUUUCAUGCUAAUGCCACAUGGGUUUUUCAAUUGCUCACCAGCUGUAGAUGUUCCCCCAAGUGCUGGUGAUUUGGAUGAUAAGGAGAAUGGAAUGCCUGCUAAGCCCAUUCAGAAUGAGUUGAUUGCAAAGCUGUGAAUGAGCCAAAAGUAGAGACAUUUGGUGUUAUGUUUAUCUAAUUACUAUAUUAAAAUUUGGUUUUGGCCUAACUCAACCCUACAAAAUUGACUUGUAAGGCAAGGGAUGCCUCCCAUUUAUAUAAAUAGAUUUUCUGGUCAUAUCACAUUUUUAAUGCAAUGUGAGACUCUGAACACAUUGAGUGCAGCAAUUUGAUUUAAUUUUACUGCUUGCUAGUUAAACUGAUUCAAA